AUGGACCUACAUCUGUCAUCGGAUGAACUCCUGGACGACCGAGCGGAUAAGAAGCGUGCAGGCUUCAUCGUUCUAAUUUCGGAUGGUCUAGACAGCCAGUUCAAAUGGGGCGAUGAUAGUAUCGCCCCCACGGAUCCCAUCCGAGGCCUCCUCCGAAAGUACCCAGUCCACACCUUCGGUUUGGGCAAGGCUCACGACCCAAAGGCACUGCACUACAUUUCUAACAUAUCCUACGGAAUCUAUUCCUCCAUCACCGACAACCUCAACAGCAAGAUCAUAGAGGCACUCGCCAUCUGCUUAGCUGGGUUCAAGACCGUAGUAGCUGUCGACGCCUGCGUUGACAUCCGGCCAGGCGGUUUGCUGAUAACAAGGAUCGACUCUGGGGGUUACAUACUCCGGGGGAGUUCCGGAGGCAUCUUGGUUGGCACGCUCUAUGCUAGGGAGGUGAAGGACUUCAUUGUCUACUUUUCUUAUCGUACCGGGAUUUGGUCGCAGGGUUACAAUACAACUUUGAAUGGGAUUGCUGCUAGUGUCACGUACAAGGAAGCGCCGGGCAGGCAGUCGACCGCCACUGACUCUUGCUCAGUGUCACUCCCAGUUCACGUGACCGAUACUGCAACUGCUCCUGCAAAUCCCUGCCCACCCUACCCCUUGGUCCUGCAGCAGAUGGUCCGGUUCAAGGUGCUAGACUUUCUUAUAAGCGUUCUGAAGGAAUUCCAGGUCUUGAAGGAGGAGGCUGCAGGUGCUGUCCAUGGGAAGGAAGGAGAUGACCCGGUCUUGCAGGCCAUCGCAGCGAGCUUGCUGGAGAGGAAGUGGAAGGAGUUCAAGCAGUCCGAUGAAUCCUGGAAAGAAGCCCCGAGGAACUUCCUUGACCUGGGAGGCAUCGACAAGGACAUCAACGCCAUGGUGGGUAUCCUGAAGCAGGGCUUGGGUGUUGGAUGCAUCUACUCAUGGCUAUCGAGCUAUCAGAUGCAGCGCGCGACAACUACAGGCUUGCCAGGAGCUCACAUGGUUGCAACCGGCCAAUUCCGCACGCCAGCGAUGGACGCAAUGGUGCAGGAGGCCCAUAGGCAGCUGGCCAAGGAAGCAUCCGCCCAAGAUGCGGGGACGUCAAUUGUCUGCAAGCGCGCCGCCGAGCUUCUGGACGGGGUCAACAAACGAUUCGACCUCUGGUGCAAGCUGGACCAUGACUUGCCGCGCACUAACCAACCGCCAUCGCACCAGGAAGAAGGCCAUGAGUCCCGCGACAUCACCGCCGUCCUACGUGGGGACAUCAACCGAGCGAGGCAGCAUGACAUAUACCUGGCUGCCGAUCACGCGAUCAAGCAAUGGCGCAGCUUCCUCGCAUCCGUGGAGAAGACGCAUGGCCAUGGGCCGGACAAGUAG